UGACUGCGCGCGAGUCCGAAAAGGGGACGCUGUCCCUUUAAGAAGCACACGAGUUGACGCUGCACGUGCUGGGCGGGACCAACAUGGCGACGCCCGUUGCAGCUUAGCUGGAAGGGAAAUCAACGUUAUCAGGCGACAGAAGUAUCGUGAUGGCGGAUCUUAGUGGUGAUGGUGCUGCGGCGCCAGACCUUACAGCCUCAGAGCAGGAAAAACCUGACGAUCUCACUCAAGACCCCAAAACAGACGCCCCCACGCCCGACCCUCCGGCUGAAGGCAGCGAGGCCACCUCUGACCCCAACAUGUACCGCUACAUCAAAGACGACCUCUUCACCUCAGAGAUCUACAAAGUGGAGAUCAGGAAUCUGCCCAAGUUCGUGGGCUUCAACGACCUGAAGAAGUUCCUGGCCAAGCACGGCCUGAACCCGCACAAGAUCAAGCUUUUUGGCAAGCAGACGUUUGCCUUUGUCACCUUCAAGAACGAGGAGGAGCGUGACAAGGCGAUGAAGAUGGUACACGGCAUGCAGUGGAAGGGCCAGGUCCUGAGCGUCAGGCUGGCCAAACCCAAAGCGGACCCCAUACUGAAGAAGAGGAAGCAAGAGGACGGCAAGGGGGCCGCCGGCGUCCAAGAGAAUGCAGGCAGCGAGGAGGAGGAAGAGGAAGAGGAGCCGCUCAGCGUACAGAUCGCCAACGCCGUGACGCCUCUGUGGAACGUGCCGUACGAGGAGCAGCUGAAGAUGAAGGAGCAGGAGGUGGUGGAAGUCCUGCAGAGACUGGCCAAGGAGAUAGGCAGCACCAACAAGGCCAUGUUGCCGUGGAUCUUUGCUCAGAAGGGAAAGUUCAACAAAAUGUGCUGUCCUCUCGAAGCUAUUCGGCCCUCUCCGACGCAGACGGGCUACCGAAACAAGUGCGAGUUCCUCAUCUCGGUGGGCGCCGACGGCGAGGACAAGACCAUCGGCUUCCGCUUGGGGAAGUACAAAGGAGGCUCCUGCGCGGUGGUGGGACCGGCGGAGACGUGCCACGUGUCCGCCGAGGCCAAGAGGGUGGUCCAGGAAUUUCAGAAGUUUAUCAGGACAACGCCGUAUUCCGUCUACAGCCCUGAGACGUACGAGGGCCACUGGAAGCAGCUGACUGUCCGCACCACGAGGACCAAACAAGCCAUGGCCAUGGUCUUCUUCAACCCACAGAAACUCGAGGAAGAGGAGCUCAACACACUGAAGAGCUCCAUGAGGACCUAUUUUGUUGAAGGAGACGGGAAAGAGAGCGGCGUCACCUCGCUGUAUUUUGUUCGCGAGGGUCAGAGAACAUCUCCCAACCUAGAGGACCUGCCCUGUGAGCUUGUGGCUGGAGAGAGCUGCAUUAGAGAGGAGCUGCUCGGCCUGAAGUUCAGGAUCUCCCCCCACUCCUUCUUUCAGGUGAACACAGGAGCUGCAGAGGUGCUGUACUCGGCUGUGGGGGAGUGGGCUCAGCUCGAUCAAGGCAGCACAGUGCUGGAUGUUUGCUGUGGGACGGGGACCAUCGGCAUCUCGCUGGCCAAAAGAGUGAAAAAGGUGAUUGGGAUCGAGCUCUGCCAGGAAGCGGUGGAGGACGCCAAAAUGAACGCCAAGCUUAACGAUCUGAGUAACGUUGAGUUUCACUGCGGAAAAGCCGAGGACGUGUUCCCCAACAUCCUGAACGCUCUGGUGUCCCCCAACGUCACAGCGAUUGUGGACCCACCCAGGGCGGGGCUGCACUCCAAGGUCAUCCUCGCCAUCAGGAGAGCGGAACACCUGAAGAGGCUGGUUUACGUGGCAUGCAACGCCAAGGCAGCCAUGACCAACUUUAUCGACUUGUGCAGAGCUCCCUCCAACAGAGUUCACGGAGCGCCGUUUCGUCCGGUGCGAGCUAUGGCCGUGGACCUGUUUCCACAGACGAGGCACGUGGAGAUACUGCUGCUGUUUGAGAGAGUGGACUACAACUCCCAGCAGCAGACUUAGCAUGGACCACAAACCGAUUCUCUGUUCAGCUUUCCGUUGUCUUUUAUUGUGAUUGUACUCACACUUUAUCUUCAUGUUGACUUUUUUCCCCCCCACUCUUUGGGAAGCUUGUAUCUAAAAGCUCAUUUAAGGAAAGUUCUUUAAAUGUUUUGGUUUAACAACAAUUUUAGUCAAGAACUCACACAAACUGCAUGAAGACCACAAAAUAAAGAACUAAGUUCUCUCCUUG